GGGCAGGAAGGGGUUAAUGUGAGGGGCAAUCAAAGGGUUAACUGUGUGCUGGGAGUGUUUUACUAGGGAGGGGGGGUGUUCUUCACUGUAAGCACAUUGAUCAGGAUGGCUGUACUGUGCACAGCCAUCCUGAGCAGUGUACUCGAGCUGACAGGAAGGAAGACUGUUUGUAAACAAAACAAUCUUCCUCCCUGUUGGAGAUCCUUGGUAAUCACCGGGUGCCUGCAGGUAAUUACCGGCCGGGACCCUGUGAUUGACACCCAUGGCCGCAAAUGCCAGCAUGCGCCCCCUACCCGGAAAUGCAAAAUGACGGAUAUAUGUGAUUCUGUGCACAGGUGCCGCCCUGCAGCAGUAUAUCUGCUAUAGGG